AUGGAAAAACUUAUCCUGGCUACUGGGUCCGCGAAUGAUUUCCCAGAUAUCCCGGGAUACAAAGAGUGCUGGGGAACAGGAAUCUUCCAUUGUCUCUUCUGUCAUGGAUACGAGGAAAGAAACUCAUCGUCCGCUGGUGUUCUUGCACUCCAAUCUCAAGCUUAUUAUCAAAUGGCUAUUCACAUGGCCGAGACUGCGAGCUCUCUAAGUCAAAAAGUCACCAUCUACACAAAUGGAGUUGAGACCCUUGGGGAAGAAAUCAGCACCGCUCUUAAAGCUUCUUCCAAAGCCUCCGACAAGUUCGCAGUUGAUAAUCGCAAGAUUUCCAGUCUCGUCAAAGGCGAUCAAGGGGCCGAAGUUAUCUUCAAACUUGAGGAUGGUGCGAAGACCGAAUCCUUUGUCACCCACAACCCUAGCACCCACACCAAAGGACCUUUUGCAGGGCAGCUCGGUUUGAAACAUACACAAACGGGUGAUAUUGAUUCCUCCGCUCCAUUUUUUACCACAAGCGUGAGAGGUGUGUUUGCGGCGGGCGAUUCUAUUACUCCUUAUAAGGUAGUCAAUUGUGCUCUUUCAAGCGGUUGCAACGCGGCGGUUGCGGCUGUCGCCCAGCUUAGAGCGGAAGAUUUGGGACAUCAGCCGUUCUUUUGA